AUGUAUGAACAACAAAUAUGGACGUUUAUGAAUAAUACAAUUAUUGCACUUUUUUCUACAUUACAUGAUGAGAAAGCUAUUACUACGUGUACUGAAGAAAGCUUACAUCAACUUUUAGAAUCGUUACUUUCUAGAUUUAAUAAUUUAAAUAUCUUAGUCCCUCAAAUGACAGCUGUUCCUAUAUCCAAAGAUGUACAAAAAAGAUAUACAGCUUUUACAACAUGGCUAUUUGGAUCAAUGUUUUAUUUAAUAAAUAUGCCUAUCAGUAAAGCAUCGCUAAAAAAGAUUAUUGAUAUACAAGUGUGUAUGGUGCGAAUUUUAUCUCGACUUAAUUUGGAAUUGCAUGCUAAUAUUACGUCUGAAUACUUAAAUAUUCUGGAGGAAUUAAUUUGUUUUAGUAAUUUAAGUAAUAAUAAUAAAGAAAUUACAUUAAAUAAAUUUCAAGCUGAUCAAAAUAUAAUAAAUGAUCUAACACUUAUACCAUUUUCAGUAAUAGUAAAAUAUGAACAUAUUUCUUUGUUCCAAACUUCUAUUCUGAAGAUUAUUGCAGAAUCUGAUGUUUCUGUAUGGUCUACAGAUAAACUUAAAUCUCAACUUAUAGAAAUUUUAGUGUACUCAGAGCCUAGUGUUAAAUUUGUUGCAUUAAAAAUUUGUAUUGAAAUGUUUGAUUAUUGUUUAUUAAAUGAUAAUGAUAUGCAGUAUAUCUUUUUAUUUGCAACUGAAAUUGUAAAGUCAUUAGCAAAUUGGUAUAGUAGAGGAUUUAUUUCAGUUAAUUUUAGUCAGAAAUAUUCAAAAACGUUAAAACAGUUAAUGUUAUCGAGUGAUAAUCCAGCUUGUAUAUAUUUUUACUUUGAAAUUUUAUCUGCAUUAGUAAAUCACAAUCUCAAUUCUGACAUACUAGAAAAUGAAAUAUGUAAAAAAAUUGAUAACCAAAUAUGUAAACUCCCGGAAUUUUAUAAAAAAUGUCAAACUAAAAAAUUUUUAUAUUAUUUUGAAGAUCAUCAGCAAUUAAAUAAAAUUCUUGCAUACAUUAUUUUUCAAGAAAUUGAAAAUAAUAGGCUAAAUAUUACUUUUACUGAUAUAAACAGAAUCAGUAAAUUAUGGAUUAGUUUAAAAGAUUAUUUUUUUAAAAAUUUGCGGUUGGAGAAGUAUACAGGAACUCUUAAUUUUCUUCGAUUAAUGAAUUUAUUGGAUUAUCAACUUGCAAAAAAUAAUGUUUCAUUGACUUUAAUUGAUACUGAAAUUGCUAACAUUCAAUCACAAUUUUUAAAAUCCUUAGUUACUAAUAAUUAUCAUCAGAACAAAUUAAUUUUUGAGAAUUUCGUUCAAUUAAUUUCUCUUAGGGAAGCUAAUAAAAUUCAAAUUCAAAAUAUUUUAUUACUGCCAUGGCUUGAUACUAAUACAUUAUCUCUUAAAAUUACAAAACUUCAUCUAGCAAAUGCUAAAUCGUUAGAUUCUGCUACAAAAGUCAAAUGUUUGAAUUCUAUUAGCAUAUAUGGUAAAGGACGUCAACGUUUAGAUGUUUUAAAUAUGUGUAUAUCCAGUUGUGAAAUUGAAUUAGGAGUUGCUAGUAUUUUGAAUUGCCCUAUGUUAUUACUGGAUGAAAAAAUUAAAUUUGAUGAUAUUAUGAAACAAAUUCUGAUACCUGCAUAUAAUACUCAAAAACCUCUUCUUUUUGAAGCUCUUGCUAAUGUUCUUGGUACAAUUGCAUGUAUAGUUUCCAAAAAUGGACUAAUUGUUAGAGACUCAACCGACUUUGACAAAUUCAUAAUAAAAUGUAAAUAUUGUGAUAAUUCUCAAGCUGAAAUUGUAGAUAAACCAGAGGUUGUUUCUUCAAAGUUUGAAUCAUACUUUAGUUCUUUUUUUGAGCUUCUUAAUUCGAAUUCCAAAAGAGUUCGACUUAAUAUAUCUAAAAAUAUGAUUAGACUAUCCAAUCAUGUUAAAUGUUUUAAUAGUAAUUCAUUAGCUCUAAAAUGGAUAUCAUAUGUACAUGAUAAUGAUGUUGAAAUUCGAAUAAAUUUUGGAAAAGCAAUUAGAUUUAUUUUAAGCAAUCGAAUUAGUUCAUCACUACCAAAUAAACUAUUUCAAGAUGAUAUACCACCCGAUUUAGAAGAAUUUGUUAAAAUAAUUAUGGAUAAUUUUAUUGAUGUUUUGAAUGAAUCAUUGAGUAGUAGUAAUCAAUCACUACAUCAAACUUUAUUGUUCACUGCUAAAAAUGCAGCUUGUGUACAGUCACACUUAACUGAGAGGCGAUGUCUGAAUAUUUUUAUUUUGACAAUUCUUCAUGUUAAAUCAUCUCCUUUAAUAGUUGCAUUGGCUACAAAUGCCUAUAGAGAAGUUGCAUUAUAUCACAAGGUUUCUUUGAAGACGAUGUACAUUCGAUAUAAAAAGGAUUUUUUAAAAUUAAUGAUGGCAUUGGCAGUGUAUAAUAGAAUUAAAUAUGACUAUAAUAUGUCAACAUCAGUACAUAGAGUAGCUAAAUGUAUGGGCUUCCAAGGAUCACGACAAUUAUUACGUAAAGACGGGCAUUAUGCUGUAUGUUUCUUAUUAUCCGAAGUAGUAAAAAAUAGAAAUACAGUCACUUUAUUCCAUGAUAUUGCUGAAUUGAUUAACAUUGACGAGAAACAAAUGUUUAAAACUUAUUUUCAACAUAUAUGUUGUCAUGUUUUUUUAUUUGAAAAUAUUGAAAAUGGUAUACAAAUUUUUAGACUUGUCUCUAACAUAACUAAAAUUAGUAUACCUAUAUUAACCGCAGAUUCUUUUACGCUUAUAAUUAGCGAGUUGAUGUUACACUUUCAUUCACAGCAAGAAAAAGUACUUAAUCAUUUACAAUUUCUGUCAAAAUUUGAUGAUCAACAAAACAUUAAUUUUAAAACUAAAAAUGAAAUUGCUGAGUACUUAAAUUCAAUGUUACAUGGUGUUCUUGUUACUUUUGAUGCAAAUCUUGGUUUAAAUACUGAAGAAUUGACACAAAAAUUUGCUCUAGCAUCACUGACACAAGUGAUAAAUUUUAUGGGCUCUAAUUACAUUACUCAGUACAAAUAUAAAAUUUUAGCUACAUUGAGAACAGCUCUUAUUUUUACAAGGCCUGGUUUCAGAAAAUUAGCAUGUGAUGCUUGGAAUGCUUUUCUGAGAAACACGUGUAUAAGAGAAUUAGGACCUAUAUUAGCAACUAUAUGUAUGUCUUUGAUGCCAUUGCUUGAAACUUAUCCCAAAGAAACUAAUGCAAUGUUAGAAUAUAUUUUAAUCAAGAACAAACAACUUGUACAAGAACAUAUUUCAGAUUUAUUUUUUAUAAAUGAUUUAAAAGUAUCAUCAAAUAUAUCCACUUUGAUCAUUAAUUAUAUUAAACAGACAAAACCAAAAACUUUAGAAGAAAAUUUACAUUUAUGGAUAAAGCGCAUAAUUCAUCAAACUGAUGAAGUUCGAUUAAAAGCUCUUUUAUAUUUACAACAAUUCCUUGCGGAAAAUCGUAAUGCAAUUAACGAUUUGAUCUUAUCCGAUAUUAAUGUUCAUCCUUUGAUUGUAGAAUUACUAGAUACACUUAUGGCUGGAUGUCAAGAUAAGGAUGAAGCUAUUUGUGUUGCAAGUGGAGAUUGCAUAGGAGAAUUAGGUGCAAUAGAACCAAGUCUAUUACCUAGAAGAAUAAUUUCUCGAGCUGAUAUUAAAUUUAUAUCUGAUAUGAAUCAAGAAUUUGCUUAUAGUUUGUUUUGUGAAUUAGUUAAAGAUUACCAAUCACAAAAAAAUACACAAAGUAUGGAUUGUUUCUCAUUGGCAAUACAAGAAUUAUUAAGAUCAUUUCAAAUUUCACCAAGUGGUAAAAACUGCAAACUUUGGAACGAGUUACCUUCAAAAAUUCAACAUAUGAUUUUUCCAUUAUUAACAUCCCAUUACACAAUAACAAUUGCAAAUAAUGACGUUGAAUUUUCCAAUCCUAUAUACGGAUCAGAAUCUGGAUCUACUUUUGAAAUGUGGACGUUCAAUUGGAUUAUUAGUAUGUUAAAAAGUAUAAAAGAUAAUACUGUUCGAAAUGUCUUAAACGCGUGUCGACCAGUAUUUAAACGAAGCGUCAAAAUGAUGACAUUUUGUAUUCCAUAUAUUGUUGCACAUGUGGUAUUAAACGGAACAUCCAAUGAUAUUAGAAAAUUGAAUACAGAAAUAUUGUCUGUAAUUGCAAUAAAUAAAAAGUCUCAUGUUGAUAAAGAACUUUCUCGUCACAGACCAUUGCGUACACAAAUCGAUACUACAUCUAACAAUACCCGAAUAUCUGAUGAAGAUAGACAAGUUCGCUGUUUACAAGUAAUAUUUGCUAUUUUGGACCAUUUACAAAGAUGGUUAAGAGAAAGAUUAAAAUUCCGAGACACUCAAUAUGAAAGGAUUGAAAAAUUUUGUGAUGGUUUUCCUAAAUUGCUUCUUGCUCAAGGAUGUUAUCAAUCUUAUGAAUAUCACAGAGCAUUAAUUUAUUUGGAACAACACAUGGCUUCUAGUAAAAAAGGGUUAUCUGAACCAACAGAAGGAGGUUUAUUAGCUAAAAUCUACACGCAACUUGAAGAACCUGAUGGUGUAUCUGGAAUUUUAGUAAGUCAAGAUCGAUGUCCUACCCUUCAACAAUUAGUUUUAGCUCAUGAAGUCAAUGGACAAUAUCAGGAUGCAGCUAUUUGUUAUGAGAGAUUAUUACAAAAUGCAAUUUUAAAACCUAAAUAUCUUCAAGGGAUAAUACAAUGUUAUCUUGAAUUAGAUCAGCCAGUCACAGCUAUGAAUAUAACAAAAGGAGUAUUAAAAGAUAGACCAGAACUUGAAACUCUUAUCUGUGAUGCUGAACCUUUUUGGCAUCUGGCUCAUUUUGGAAAAAUUGGAAAGGAUUCAAAUAAUAUUAAGUUAAAUCUACUCAAAGAUUUGAAAAGUUGUAUUAAACCUAAUGUUUUAUUAAUUAAAAAAAAGUUGGUUUCUUUAUUAACAUCUUUUUCAAGAUUGGGUGCUUAUGAACAAAGUUACUCCUACAUUAUGAAGCUACACAUUUUAAAUGAAUUUGAAAAGGCAUGUUCAAUAAUGCUCAAUGAUUUAGAAAAUAUGCCUGUAAUAUUUGAAGAAUGGGAAAAACGUGACAAACUGAUUAAUGCUUCACGUGGUGCUGAAUUUGUAAUCGGAAUGCGUAGAGCCAUUUUGGAUCUAGUUGUACAACUUCAAUUAAAUUCUAAUGCAAAUAAAACUAUCAUUACCAAAGAAAUUGGAAAAUUAUGGUUGAAAAGUGCUAAAAUAGCUAGAAAAGCUGGAUUAUACCAGCAAGCAUAUAUGUAUAUCUUAUCAGCUACUGAUUCUUGUUCAUCACAAAAUCUUUGCAUUGAACAAGCUCAGUUAUAUUGGCAAAAGGGAUCUCUUGAAGAUGCAUUAAUAACUUUAAAGCGAUGUUUAUCAACAUUUUUUAAACCUUCAUUGGAAUAUAAAAAACAACCUCCAGGAGCAUUUACAACUGAAAGAAAACAGUAUGCAAAGACAAAAUUGCUUUGGGCGAAGUAUAAUGAUGAAACAUUAAACGUUGAUGCAAAUGGUAAUAUGACAAAUUACAAAGAAGCUUACGAGGUAUGGAGAGCUUGGGAAAAAAGUAGUCUUGCAAUUGCUCGAUAUUAUGAAUCUGUAAUAGAUAAGAUGACAGAUGAAGAACGUAUGUCCUCAAGUGGACGUGAUAUGCAAACACAUAUUGUCAACUAUUAUGGAAAAUCUUUGCUUUGUGGUUGUAAAUAUAUUCAUCAAUCGCUACCAAGAAUGUUAACUAUUUGGUUAAAUUAUGCAUCUCGUGUUAGAAUACAUAGUAUUAUUUCCAAUAAUUCGAUUAUAAAAACGUUAAGUCAAAUGACAAAAAUUAUAGAAGUUUACAUAGAAAAAGUACCUCUUUUUAUGUGGUUGACAGCAUUUAGUCAAUUGGUAUCAAGAAUUUGUCAUCCAAAUAAUGAAGUUCGAAACACCCUUUUUACAUUAAUUGUUAAAUUAAUAAAAGCUUAUCCACAGCAUUGUUUAUGGAUGAUGGCUUCUGUUUUUAAUUCAUCAUAUUCUGCACGACAAAAAUGCUGUAAAGAAAUACUUAAUAGAGAUGUAUUAAAAACUCCAGAGAUGAUUAAAUUAAUUCAAUGCUUUCAUAAAAUUUGGGAAAGACUUGUUGAACUUUCAAACAAGCAUAUACCUGAAGGAGUGCAAAACACAACUGUGAAUGUGCUUUCAAGAUCUUUGCCGAAAUUAUUAGCAGAUUCAGAAUUUGGCCCAAUAAUGAUGCCAACGUCAAAAUUAAGACAACUUCAUUUACCAAUAAAAGGCACUUGUAUGGAUCAGCACAAUCCAUUUACUCUUAAUUGGGUACAAAUAAUUGGAAUUGAGGAUCAAGUAGCUGUAAUGCCUUCACUUCAGCGUCCCCGCCGAAUUGCUUUACGUGGAUCUGAUGGAAAGUCUUAUUUAUUUAUGUGUAAACCUAAGGAUGAUUUACGAAGAGAUUUUCGUUUAAUGGAGUUUAAUGAUAUAGUUAAUAAAUAUCUUCAAAAGGAUCCUGAAUCUCGUAGAAGAAGAUUAUAUAUUCGAACUUAUAGUGUAGUACCAUUAAACGAAGAAUGCGGUUUAAUAGAGUGGGUGCCAAAUUUACUUGGAUAUCGAAAUAUUCUAAUGGGAUUAUAUAAAGAAAGAAAUAUUUUAAUUUCCCAAAAAGAAAUACGAAUGAUGACAUGUGCACUCAAAGAUCCAUUAGAAACAAAGAAGCAAAUAUUUUUGGAAAAACUUAUACCACACCAUCCUCCACUUCUUGGUGAUUGGUUUCAUUAUGCUUUUCCAGAUCCAUAUGGCUGGUAUGAAGCUCGAACAGCUUAUAUUCGGACUGCAGCUGUCAUGUCCAUGGUCGGAUAUAUACUAGGAUUAGGGGAUCGCCAUGGAGAAAAUAUUUUAGUUGAUUCGAAAUGUGGUGAUUGUGUUCAUGUCGAUUUUAAUUGUUUAUUUAAUAGAGGUGAAACUUUAGAAUGGCCUGAAAAAGUACCAUUUCGUUUAACUCACAAUAUGAUAGAAGCUAUGGGGCCAUUAAAAUAUGAAGGGCCAUUUCGACAAUCUUGUAGAACAACAAUGAAAGUUUUACGAGAACAAGCCAGUACACUAAUUAGCGUUUUAAAACCUUUUGUUUACGAUCCAUUAGUUAGUUGGAAUAGAAAUCAUUUGAACGAUACUGGGGAAAAAACAAAUGAAAAAGCUGUGGAACAUAUCAAGAGCAUAGAAGAAAGAUUGAAAGGUAUGGUUGGUACUCGAGGAAAAAGAUUAGAAGCUUUAACUCUUUAUCUCAGUGUUGAAGGUCAAGUCAACCACUUAAUAUUAGAUGCUAUUAAUGUAGAUAAUCUAUGUCAAAUGUAUAUUGGUUGGGGACCAUAUUUAUAAAUAAUUAUUUAUUUCAACAUCAUGUUACAUAAAAUUAUUUUUAAACUC